UCAUUUCCGCUUUCAGGUGGUCUUCCCCCCCGCCCUGCUCUCCCGUCUCUGGCCUGGGCAAAGGCGAGGCUCCUGGGGCGGGAUGGAGAUCGCGGCCGCGGUGCUCGGUGUCGCCUCACCCCGCUGGCUUCGGGCUCCCCGACGAUGGUUUCCACCAUCCACUGAAGCCGGGGGUAAAUAGGAAUCUCUGUACCAUCCGCACCCCCGUGUCCCCGCCGCCAGCGUUUGCCCCGGGUUUUCGUUGCGGACCCUGAGCGCCAGCCCCGCAGUCCCGGUGAGGUCGGUGCGGCGUAACGCAGGGGGUCCCCUGGCGAUGAGAGGCGGAGAGUGUCUUUAGUGGAGUCGGUGCCGAGAGCCAGCACACGGGAGUGGAGACUGCAGGAUGAAGAGGAGAGCAGCAGACAGAGGAGCUGGUGAAUCCUCAGCACGCUCGAAGGCUCUUUGUGCAGGAAUCUCUGGGAGUAACAGCAAAAGAGCUGGGCCAUUCAUCUUGGGUCCUCGUUUGGGAAAUUCGCCUGUACAGAGCAUUGUUCAGUGUUUGGCGAGAAAAGAUGGAACAGAUGACUUCUAUCAAUUAAAAAUUCUCACGCUUGAAGAUCGAGGUGAGAGAAUGGAAACUCAGGAAGAAAGGCAAGGAAAGAUGCUUCUGCAUACAGAAUACUCGCUUCUGUCCUUGCUUCCCAAUCAAGAUGGAGUGGUGCAUCACCACGGCCUCUUUCAGGAUAGGGCUGUUGUCGAAGAGUUUGAAUCCAGCAAGCUUAUGCGGAGGAUGAAGAAAAGGAUCUGUUUAGUUCUUGACUGCCUCUGUGCCCAUGACUUUAGUGAUAAAACUGCAGAUCUCAUCAAUCUACAACAUUAUGUCAUCAAAGAGAAGAGGCUCAGUGAGCGUGAAACAAUCGCAAUAUUCUAUGAUGUGGUACGGGUAGUGGAAGCUUUACACAAGAAGAACAUUGUGCACAGGGACCUGAAGCUGGGGAACAUGGUGCUAAAUAAAAGGACGCACAGAAUCACCAUCACUAACUUCUGUCUUGGAAAGCAUCUAGUUAGUGAGGAUGAUUUACUGAAAGAUCAGCGGGGGAGCCCUGCCUACAUUAGCCCUGAUGUUCUGAGUGGUCGACCAUACAGGGGCAAACCCAGUGACAUGUGGGCACUUGGUGUAGUGCUCUUCACCAUGCUUUAUGGGCAGUUUCCAUUUUAUGACAGCAUACCUCAAGAGCUCUUCAGGAAAAUAAAAGCGGCUGAAUAUACCAUCCCAGAGGAUUGCCGUGUGUCAGAAAACACCGUUUGUUUGAUUCAAAAGCUGUUGCUUCUGGACCCUCAGCAAAGGCUGACAGCCACUGAAGUGCUAGAUUCUCUGAGCUCCAUCAUAGCUACAUGGCAAUCUCUUUCAUCACUUCAUGGCCCUUUGCAGGUGGUGCCAGAUAUUGAUGACCAAGUCAACAAUCCAGAAAUCCUACAGGAGGCAAAAGUCACAGAAGAGUCCUCACAAUAUGAAUUUGAAAACUACAUGCGGCAGCAGUUGAUGCUGGCUGAGGGAAACACUAUGCACGAGGUGAAGAGUUUUGCACACAAGCGACAGUUCAGCAACAUCCCGCCAGUGCGACGACUGGGCCACGAUGCUCAGCCCAUAAACCCCCUCGAUGCGGCAAUCCUUGCUCAGCGUUACUUGCGGAAAUGACAGCUGUAAACAGCAUCUGAAGCUCCACAAGCCAAGUUCACAGCACAGUAAUACUCAUCAUGCCACGUAGUACCAAUCCUGAGCAAUACAGUAUUCUGUGACCGAUAUGUAGCAUUGGACGGAGUCUCUUCGAAAGGAAAACUGUUAUUUUAAGAGGCAAAAUAAGACGGCUUUUUUUAUAUACCCAUAUAAAGAAAGGACAGUAUUGCAACAUCGCCUGGGGCCGUAGUAGAUGUUUAGUUUUUACUUUAUAUAAUCUACCUCUUUCUUCAUUUAACCAAGACAUUCUCAGAACUAUAGAUUGAGAGACUGAGCUAAGUUUUGUUUUGUCCUAUGUUGUGAUUCUGAAAAGGACGUGUACUGCAAGAGAUUUUAAGAGCAUUAAGAAUUGGGUGUGUUCAUUCGCUGUGGAAUCCCCUUUGCCUGCAUUACCCGCUGAAUAGUAGACUAAAAUGUAGCUUGUUGGGUUUUUUUUUCCCCUUCCUCAUCCCCUUUUUGUGAAAGAUUUUCGAGCAGAAUUCAGUGUGGUACAAAAUGCCCAACAAAGGAAAAUGUGAAGGAAAGAAAAUCAAUGUGAUCCGUAGAUAUGUUGCUUUUAUUGUACUUAACAGCAGAGAUCACUUUAAUUGGCCUUUCCCAUCUUUUUCUAGUUAUUUUUAUUUUGGAAUUUGAAAGCUGUUAGCUUGGAGGUUGGAUUUUUAAAAACUCAUGACAUACUUCAGCAGUUGUUUUUGAUCCAGAACUACUGGAAUUUGUCAAGUUCACUGAGCUGCAGAAACUGUUAGAACACUAAAGAGCAAUUGAGGGUAUAAUUUUCUUUUAUUUUACAAGCUCAGGGAGAACAUUCAGCGUUGCCACCAGGAUUUCACUAAAGCAUUGAACAAGAGAGAUUCCCACACAACUAUUCAUGGUGCUUCAGUGCCCAGUAAUGAUUUUGCCCUUUCAUACAUCACUUUUGAGUCAAUGGAGACUUUGAAUUUAUAGAAGACUGGUGACAGCAGGCAUCAUGCUUGUGGUGGGAGUGAUUUUGAAAUGAAUUGGUCAUCUCCCAAUCAAAUGACCUGACAGAAUUGUCGUUUGGUUUGGUAGCAGUGGGCCUGGUGACAACGUGACAUUGUUGUGUUUCUGAGCAUUCAGUGAGUCCCUUCAGUUUAGGUUUCACUGCAUUAAGUGCACAGGAUUUGUAAUUGUAAAACAUUCAUCACCUGCAGAAUUGGUUAACUGGACAAUUAUGAGGCAAAUCUUUCUUUUAUUGUAACCAUUGCUCAGAUUUUGUGCUGCUGCAUGGACCAUUUGUGUCAUGUCUGCCUCUUCCCACUUGCCUUUUCUCUGGGCGUGCAUUUUACUUUGUCUGUAAGUAACAAUGGACUUUUUGAUUUACUGUUUUAGAAGUGGCCAUCACAUUACACAAUAAUGGUCAUGCUCAGUUAAUCCUCUAUCUUACCAUUUAUUGAGGAAUGAUCCAUUUAUUGCUUGCCACCUCAUCCAGUCAGUCUGGCUCGGGUAUAAAACUUGUACCGUUUGGGGAUCUGUGAAUACAUCGGGUCUGCUUUUAUGAUGGGCCAGUACAAUCUGAUCUUUUCAGAUCUGUUCUAGUUUGCUGUCAGUCCCAGAAGAGUCAUCAGUGAAGAACAUAUAUGGACCCUUUAAUAAGGGCAAUAGAUCUAAACCUACUCUGCAUUUUCAUUUUCCCAUCACUCUGUAAAAUAACAACAGAGACUACUUAAUCUUAUUCCAACCAUCCAAAGAUUGAGGUUCAGAUGCUUGCCUCCUGAUUGACAGACCAUACUCCUGGUUCUGGUGAUCCUUUUUGGGUCUUGGGAGUAUCAUUUAACUGUAGCACAAAUUACUUAUGCCAGCCAAAUGUUGCCUAAGUGACUUUGGAAUUAUGUUGGGUUUUUUUUUAACCCCUAUUUUAAUGAGGGGAGGGUAUAGACAAUGAUUCCAGGGCGGUCUGCAGUAACAUGGAGCUUGGUGUACGUUUUUUUUUGUGGUGGCUUUCAACUUCUUUGAGUUUUCUCAAUGUUGAGAAUUUUAGUUAGUAUUAAAACCAGUGAUAAAUGCCUGUCUUGCCCAAAUUUGUUGAACCUGUGAAAAUAUACAAGGACUCAAGUCGAUUUAUUUCAAAUUUAAUAAUUGAGGGAAGGUUUGGUCUCUUGUGGUUAAACAAGGAAACCUCUACCAUUCAGGGAUGAUCUCAAGUGAUCUCUGGUCAGUGUGAACUUGUAGAUUGUUUUUGUUGGGAGGGGAGAGAAAUGCUGUGAUGCGGUCAAGGGUUAUAUUUAUUAAAUACAGUGUGUUCCUCAAAGCUUUAUAUUGUGUGAUUGGGUAAACAAAUUGAAUGCUUGGGGUAGGGUGAAGUUUGAUCUUACGUUGACAAUUUCUAACAUUCUGCAGAUCUUUGGGUCCUUGUGGAAGUGGGUUUUCUGGUGCUAGUGUGUAUAUUGUUGGGACAUCCGACUGCCUGUCCGUUAUCAUGCAGUAAGUGGACUCAUACGUACAGAGGUGAUGUCCUGAAACUGUACUGCAAAUGUUUGCUUAUUAUUAAUGAGACAGGUUUUCACUGUCCAUUCAGUGCUUCACUAAAGUGAGUUUGAAGAGCCCCUGAUUUCACCACUGGGGACAACUUGGGUAAGUGAAUGUGUCCCAUUUUGAGUGUGGUAUUUUAAUCAAUUUGGUGGAACACAAAGUAGCAGUUUAUGAUAAGACUCCAAUAUGAAUGCAGUAAAGCAUAGAAGGUCUUAAAAAUGCAUAAGUAAAUAAUUUUUGAACGGCCUUUAAAGGCCAAGGUAGCUUUUAAUGGUGCGAUAGGAGGGUUGUUGAAGAAAUAGUCCCCAUUUCACUGACCAGCUUGAGUUGAAUCUGAAGAUAUUGUGAUGUUGGUAGAGUGAUGCUCACGUUGAGGUCUCGACCCAAGAACUUGUUGAUCUUUAAUGUAUUCUUGUUGGAAGUUGGCAUUUUGGAAUCGGGCUGUAUUUUCUAACUGACUCUUAACCACAGUGCUCAGGAUCCAUGAAAAUUAGUUUUUUUUGGGGGGGGUACUUACCAGCACUGUGGAAUUCACCUUCCUGUAUUAGAUGUUAUUAAUGGUGAGGUAACUAUGAUUUUGCCAGUGAGGGCACAUCAGUGCUGUAGAGGAUGAAGGGUUUCACCAAAGACCGUGCUGUGCUGCUAUUGGGUCUUGGCUCGUGCUUUUCCAAAAAAAAACUGCUUUGGGGAGUGCUGAGCCCAAUGGAGAGAGCAGCAGAGGAGUGGCCCCAUCACUUGUUACAUCGUAGACUGUUUCUUCAACUCCUCAUUCACUGAGUUCUCUGAGCCUUACUCCAGUCUGGCUGCUCCAGUUACUUUUUUUUUGUAAUACAAUAAAUUGUAUAUAAUUCCUGAUAACCUUAAUUCAGUGGAAAGGCAAAGUAUUACAAUUUGUCACAAUUAGAAGCCGUGGCUUUUUACUUCAUCCUGGGAAGUCUUUUUAUUGAGCAAUUUUUUUUUGUUUCCCUUGAAUUAUGUCUUUAUAGUAAAAGUGAUUAUCUAAUCAGACUGGAAUAAUGCAGCAGCCUAUGCAUGUCGAUGAUUUGUGUGCUUUGAGCUGCCUCUGGGUGUACCAAUUGAAGUACGUUGUAUGAGAUGUCAGUAGAAAGGAAUUGUGAUCAUUGUAUACAAAUUUGUAUAAAUAAAGAUGACAUAUUUUUGUACUUCAUUUAAAAUCUACUUGCAUGUCAGCAAUAAAUUUCAUACUGUAGAGA